AUUCUUGUCAGGUUGCGGGAUAAAGGUAGACACAGGUUGACAGCACAAAAUACAUACACAGAUCUCUCUCUCCCGACUCCACUGCCAUCGUGUUAAAGAAACAAUAAUAAUGUCCAUUAGCCGGAAAAACUGGUCUGCUUUAUCAACGCUGACUCGACAGUGGACUGUGGAGGAUGAGGAAGAGGUGGAGAGAGAGAAACGGAGGAAGGAGAGGAGCUCCAGCACUGCUGCAGACCCCGAGAGUCCCAACGAAGAUGCCAAACCCAAGACCAGUAGUGGAUCAGCCGAUGCCUUUGACCCCAAUGAAGAUUCUGGUGGUGGUCUGGACCAGAUGCCGAUGGACUUUGUGGAGAUGUUGCGUGUCCGUGAUGAAAAUCGAAGGAUGAGGCACGUGGAAACUUUGAGGAGGCACAAAGAGGGAGACGGUGGCACCGCGGGGGACAGUUUAGAUGGAGAACCUGAUGUGGAGCUGCACAGAGAGACGCGGGACGGGGAGCGCAGAGAGAACGUUCAGCGGUGUGUGGAGGCUCUUAAGUCACCAGGGCCCUCUGUUAACUCGGAGAAGGAUGAGAAGCCUGAAAAUAGAAGCAGAAACCAAGAUUCGACAUCAGUGACUCCCAAGAAAUCAUCCCGAAAGUUUGUGAGCUCUGUCUCCUUCUCCUUUGAUAAGAGUCCUUCAUCGUCCCCGGCAAACAGCAGAGUGGUUUCACCCCUGAGCCCCAAAUCUCCGCCUUCUAUGGAUCCAUGGGCGGGGCAACCAUGCAGUCCAUUAAGUCCCACCCGCUCACGGACCGUCAGCCCCACACUAAAUGGAGACACAGCGAGACAUGAAAAUGGGACGACAAGCAAUUUCGAACCAGCCACAAAACCUGCGUUUACACGCUCGAGCUCCAGAACCACCUCUUUUAGGAUGAUUAAGAAGAAGGAAGAAGAAAGCAAGCCAUUACAGAGAAGUGCAAGUUUGAGGAUGGCUGGGAAAACCCAUGAAUCCAACACGAGUCCUGAACAAAAGGAUGAGCAGCAGUCACCAUUUCAGAGAAACUCCCGACAAAGAAUAUCAUCUCGCUCCAUUCAGGAGAAGAUGGAAAGACUUGCUCAAGCCUCACAGAAAUGGGAGACUGUAAAAUCCCCAACGGUUCCCAGGACUAGGUGUUUGGCAGAUGAGGUGUCACGUAAAAGGGAGCUGUUUGAAAAAGAACAGGAGAAAUUGGAGAAAAGCCACACAACUUCCAAACAGGACUUUCGCAGUUUUUCUUCUGGAAUUUCUGAACGGAUUAACCGAUGGGUUCAUCAUAAAACCUCGUCGUCGUCGUCACAUAGCCCUUCGGAUCUGAAACCUGUGAACAUCUCAAGUAAGAAAAGCUUGUUUGAAAGAGGAACUGAUCAGAAGCACAAGUGACAAUCUCAUGACAUGAAGUCAAAGUUCAUUCAUCAAUAAAUGAAGCAUUUUUUUUUUUUUUU